AUGAUGUGGUCUAAUUUCUUCAUGCAAGAAGAAGACCGCCGGCGAGCCGCCGCGAGCCGCCGUCGUGCCCAAGGGCAGCAGAAUCUGGGCCUGACUCCUGAACUGGAAGGCAAAAUCAAGCUGGUAUUGCUGCUGUCCUCCGUGGGAGCCACGCUGGCCGUGCUGUCGGUGGGCACUGAGUUCUGGGUGGAACUCAAUACCUACAAAACCAAUAGCAGCGCUGUGUGUGAUGCUGCCCAUCUGGGGCUGUGGAAGGUGUGCACCAAGCGACUGUGGCAGGCGGAUGUGCCUGUGGGCAGGGAGACCUGCGGUCCAGCAGAGCUGCCUGGAGAAGCAAACUGCACCUACUUUAAAUUCUUCACCACUGGGGAGAACACACACAUCUUCCAGAGAACUACCAAGAAAGAGGUGAACCUGGCGGCUGCCGUGGUAGCUGUGCUCGGCCUGGUGGCCGCCGCCCUGGGCUUCCUCUGCAUCAUCAUGGUGCUCAGUAAAGACGCAGAGUUCCUGCUUCGAGUUGGAGCUGUCUGCUUUGGCCUCUCAGGUCUGCUGCUCCUGGCCAGCCUGGAGGUGUUCCGGCAUUCCGUGGUCGCCCUGCUCCAGUCUGGGGUCCCCGAGCCUCAGGCACCACGCCUGACCUAUGAGUAUUCCUGGUCCCUGGGCUGUGGUGUAGCAGCUGGCCUGAUCCUGCUGGUGGGGGGCGGCUGCUUCCUGCUGUUUACCCUGCCCUCCUGGCCUUGGGGGUCACUGUGCCCCAAGCGAGGAAGCCCGACCGCCUAGCACCACAGCGAGCCUUUUCCGGUGUCUUCCAAGCCCUGCCUCCGUCUCCAACUCUUCCCCCCGAGAUCUUGCACCCCUCUGCUAGAGACAGUGUCCUUUCCACUCUGGGGUGAGGGGGCCCACGGUGAUUCCUCAGUCUUGCCUCUUGUACCCUUAUCCUUUUCUCUCUGUGAACAUGUGUUUCUUAAUGGCUGAAUUUGGGUUGCUGGGUUGCAGUGAGAAGUGACUGUGUAAAUGGGGGCUCCCUAGGGAAGCUGAUCUGGACCUGAUGGAGAGACGGACAAGGGUGUGGACCCCGCGGGAGGGCUCCAGGACUGUGGGGAAUUGG